GCCCCUGAGCAAGGCCCUUAACCCCAGCUGCAAGAAAUUGUAUAUGGCUAAUAGAGUGAUCUUAUCUUAUUCACUUGUAAACAUCUGGGAACUGGAGCUGUACUCCAUCUUGUGGUAAGAAGGCUGCAUGAUGUAAACAGCUGAAAAUAUUAUCUUCUAGACACACAGUUCCUGGAAUAGAGGAAACCUGAGACUGUUUAUGUCUGAAAACAUGUUGGAGCUGUGUGGCCUUCUGCUAAAGACUUCAUGAGCCUUUUCCUGUGAUUACUGUUUCAGCCUCACAUACAGUAUAUGCUGUCAUUUUGUUGUUGACUAUACCUAAAUCAAAAGGACAAGUGUAUUUAUGGCAUUAGCCUUUUGAACUGCUGUUCUCAAUUUAUGUUCUUUUUAGUUGCCUUCUCUGUGAAUAAUGAAGAAGAAACUUUAUGAAAUGCCUUCCUGGGGCAGCACUUUGUGCUCCAGGGAUGAUGCAACAUCCAUCGAUGAGAACCUGAAAGGAACGGGAGAGAAGAUGCAGAUGAAGAAGGAAAUCACGCUGUUGAAUGGCAUCUGCCUGAUUGUGGGUAAUAUGAUUGGUUCUGGGAUAUUUGUUUCACCAAAGGGGGUUCUCAUGUACAGCACCUCCUAUGGAUUGUCUCUGGUCAUCUGGGCCCUGGGGGGUAUAUUCUCAGUUUUUGGCGCCCUGUGUUAUGCUGAGCUUGGCACAACAGUCACCAAAUCAGGAGCCAGCUAUGCCUAUAUCCUGGAGGCCUUUGGUGGGUUCAUAGCCUUCAUCAGGUUAUGGUCCUCCCUCCUCAUCAUUGAACCAUCCACUCAGGCUGUCAUCGCCCUCACUUUCGCCAACUACCUGGUGCAAGCCAUGUUCCCCAUCUGCCAGCCACCAUACGACGCAGUACGACUUAUUGCAGCAGCCUGCCUCUGCAUGCUGACCUUCAUUAACUGUGCAUAUGUGAAGUGGGGUACUAUGGUACAAGACAUCUUUACCUACGCCAAACUGGCAGCCCUUAUUUUAAUCAUAUCUGUGGGACUCACAAAAAUCAUCCAAGGAGAGACACAGAACUUUGACAAUCCUUUCGAGGGCUCCACAGUGCAGACAGGACAUAUAGCCUUGGCUCUCUACUCGGCCCUCUUUUCCUAUUCUGGCUGGGACACCCUUAAUUUUGUCACAGAAGAAAUCCAGAACCCGGAAAGGAAUCUUCCGCUUGCCAUUGCUAUAUCCAUGCCAAUAGUGACGAUCAUCUACCUUCUCACCAAUGUGGCCUACUAUGUGGUGCUGGACAUGCCAUCCAUCUUAUCCAGUGAUGCCGUUGCAGUGACAUUUGGAAAUGAAGUCCUGGGACGUGCCAGUUGGAUUAUACCUAUUGCUGUGGCCAUGUCAUGCUAUGGAGGGUUAAAUGCCUCUAUUAUUGCUGCCUCCAGGUUGUUUUAUGUGGGAGCAAGAGAAGGACAUCUCCCUGACAGUUUAAGUCUCAUCCAUGCUGAGCGCUUCACUCCAGUCCCUGCACUGCUAUUCAAUGGCUUAAUGGCGUUGGUGUUUCUUUGUGUAGAAGAUGUUUUCCUACUCAUUAACUACUACAGCUUCAGCUAUUGGCUAUUUGUUGGCCUGUCCGUUGUGGGCCUCAUCUACCUGCGUAUCACUCAGCCUGACAGACCCAGGCCUGUGAAGUUGACUCUCCUCUUCCCUGUGAUCUACUGCCUGUGCAGUCUGUUCCUGGUCAUAGUCCCUCUGUAUGGAGACACCAUCAACUCUCUGAUAGGAAUUGGCAUCGGCCUGUCGGGGAUUCCAGUGUAUUUCUUUGGUGUUUAUCUACCUGAAGACAGGAGGCCUAAGAUUAUUCUUUGGAUAGGGGCCACUAUCACCAGGUAUACCCAGAUCCUGUGCUAUUCCUGCCUGACUGAACUGGACACAGAGCCGGAGAAACAGACCAGCAGUAAAACCCAGUAACCUUACACAUCAUUUUCUGAUGACACAGAGGAAGGGAUUUUGUAGGGCACAAAAGCGGGGGUUUUGUGUGUGUGGUGAUUGUGUGGGAAUGAAAAAUUUCCAAGUAACAGUAAACAGGUGAUGGAGAUGAAGAAGAAAGAAAUGUGUAACGCUGGGGUUUGCUGUGGGCAGAAUUGAAAGGCUGAAAUCGUUCUUGCACAGAAAGGAGGAACACUGUAAGAAAUUGAAAAAUUCAAUAGUUUUGUUUCCUGUGUCUUAGUUAUUUGCUCUUAGCCAGAGGGCGCUCCUACUCUGUACUGUCCCUAGUUUCCUGUGCUUAGCUGUCCUUCCAGUGUCUCUCUCUUGGG